AUGGGCACAAUACUGCUCUCAUUCCGCAUCCGGCUCGGGAAUCUGCUUUUUGACGUCUUUCAAAACUCCAGCCGUCCUGGAGGAGCUCGUGUCAGCCCCCGAAGACUGGUGAAGUGGCCGUGCAAGCAGAGCGAGCUCGAAGCUCUUCUCUAUGUUGCGGCCAACACGACGAUUCCAGUACCGAAAGUAUAUCGAACAUACCAAUACCACGGCGAAUUGGCUAUCGAAAUGGAAUACUUUCGCGGAUGCAAGACAGUACAGGAUGCGUGGCAUGAGCUGUCAGACCAAGAGAAGGAGAGGGCUGCCGAACAAUACUACAGCCUCCUGACCAGCAAAAUGUCUCGUCAACGAACGGAGGAUGAUCUUUUCGGGCCAUUCGACAACAUUUCCUCGUUCCACAGAUUCCUCCGUGGCGGCAUACCGAUCGAGAGUGCAGAUACCGUAUUUGGCGAGAAGGUGGCGGAGAUCCACCAACGCAAGUACAGUAUCCGUUUUACACCCGGCGAUCGGGCGUCACUCAAUAUCCUCAUGCGGGAUGGGAGAAUUGCUGCGAUUGUCGAUUGGGAAUGCGCAGCAUGGUAUCCUGAAUACUGGGAAUUCACCAAGGCCCAUUAUAACGCUGUUCAUCAACCCGAGUUUCACCAAAUGCUCGACCUAAAGAUGACUCGAUAUGAUGAGGAGCUAGUGGCUGAACGCAGGCUAUGGGAACGAUACGAUCAAUUCUUAGAUACAGACCCGCCUGACACCAAAGGCCAUACGACAAGCCAGCCACCGGAUGCACCUACCUUGAUGCAGCCGCAUACAUAA